CUCACGCUACUCUCCCGCCAUUCUGCCUGCUGCACACCCAGCCCUCCAGGAGGUUCGUACCACCGCGCUCAGCUGGUGUGCCGCCUACAAAGCCUACUGAGCUGAGUGGACUAGGCGCCCCAGGGUCAUCCAGCCUCCAGGCUCUUAAUCCUAGCGCUCCAGUCUGACUGGAACAACCACCGUUCCCACCGCCAUCAUGGCCGACGGGUCUGACACCGGAGGGCGUCCCUGCCACCACCGUCGACACACGGCCCCGGCCGCCACUGGCCCGCCAUCCACUCUGGCUCCGCAGCAAACAGGUAACAACAAGGGGACAGCUCCAGAGCUUGAGGCCACCGCCGGGAGCUCGUCAUCCAAAGGGUUGGCAGGGGCAGACGGAGACGGACGGCUACCAGACAGGAGGCAGAGGCGUUCUGCCACAUGUCGCUCGCUGGUGCACUACCUGAAGGACCGCGAGAAGGGUGGGCCAUGGCGCGCAGGGGUCCGGGACUUUGAGAACGAGCUGUUUAGUCAGGCAGUGCGGAGCCUGCCCGGGGUGCUGAAGGAACGCCAGCUGAACCUGGGCACCCUCAACAAGGUGUUCGCGUCUCAGUGGCUGAACAGCAGGCAGGUGGUGUGUGGCACCAAGUGCAACACGCUCUUCGUGCUAGACGUAUACUCGGGCCAGAUCACGCGCCUCCCUCUGAUUCGAGACAUGGUUCCGACGGUGGCCAGAGCCCGGCGGUGCUGUGGCAUCCACGCUCUGGAGCUGAAUCCCUCCAAGACGCUUAUGGCCACGGGAGGUGAAAACCCCAAUAGCCUGGCCAUCUAUCGUCUGCCGGUCCUGGAGCCUAUGUGCCUUGGCGACCUCCAAGGCCACACGGACUGGAUCUUUGCCAUUGCCUGGAUGAGUGACAACGUGGUUGUGAGCGGUUCCCGGGAUGGCACCCUGGCGCUAUGGUGGUUGGACCCUGACAAUUCAAAUGACAGCAUUGCGUCGGGCAAUGUAGUGGGGUCCCCUAUGAAUGUGCACAUCAGACCAAAGGACCUGGAAGCCAUCCCCAGGGCCAGCAGCAACCCCUAUAACUGCCAGGUGCGCGCCCUGGCCUUCAGCAACAAGAACCAGGAGCUGGGAUCAUGUUCUCUGGACGGUUACUUCCACUUGUGGAAACCAGAAAGCCACCUGUCCAAGAUACUGUCCUUUAGGCUGCCCUACUUUGGCGAGAACGUUUGCCUGACCUACUGUGAUGAUUUGUCCCUGUACGCUGUGGGCUGCCAGUCUCAUAUCUCAUUCUUAGAUCCACGCCAGCGCCGACACAACAUUCGAACCGCACACUCCCGGGAAGGUGGUACCUGUGUGUGCUCGCUGAGUUUCUACCAGCACAUCAUCACGGUGGGAACAAGCCAUGGCUCCCUGCUCUUCUAUGACGUCCGUGCGCAGAAGUUCCUAGAGGACAGACGCGGGGGCAUCCCAGACACCUCUCCAGGGUCUGCCGGGAAGAAGCUCAAACUCAUCUGUGGCAGAGGCUGGCUCAGACAUGAUGAAAUUCUGGCACACUACUUUGGUGGUACGGAUGAAUGGUCAAAUGCGCUCUACACCCACUGCUACAACUGGCCAGAGAUGAAGCUCUUCACGGCUGGGGGACCUCUCUUUUCUGCCCUCUAUGGGAAUUAUGCUGGCUUGUGGAGCUAGAUGGAAUUGUCCUGGUAUAGCCCACCUCCUCCAUGAAGAUAAAGGAAAAAGGUCACAUUCAAAACUUCUUAGGAUUUUGCUCCUCCCAUACAGUAACAUUUGGAAUUUUCAUUCAGAUAAUUUUGGCUGAGUAUUAGUUGCAUUCUAUCUUUGAGUUAUUCAUGUAUUCUGGUUUAUUAAGUGAUUGCAGUCAUGGUCUUACAGUUAUUAAUAUUUUUGUCUUUAAUACUACAGCAUUACACUGUUUAGUCAUUUUUCAUUGCAAAAAUAUUGUAUAUUCAGAAUGUUUUCUAAGCAGAAGUUUAGAAAAUGUUCUGUGUUCUAUAGAGCUUACUGCGAUUUUAUAGCAUCAUUCUAAUUGUGCAGUACACUUGGUAUUCUAUAUUACUUACUUUUGGAAACAAUUCACUUGAAAAUUGUGAUCUGAGAGCACACAUCUUCAUAGUCUUGAUUCUGAAUUUUUUAAAUCCUAGAAUCUGCUAUUUGUAUAAAAAUCCCAGUUGAUUAGAAUACUUAAGAGAUAUAAGGGUUCUACUUAAUUGAACUAAUCAGAAAAUCAAAUCAAUAUUUUGUCUUUCAAGCCUUAUUUUUAGCUUAUAUGACCUUUCCUAGCAAAAAGAAUGCCUUAGUCCUUCAACAUUUGUGAAUAUAUUUUAAUGCAUUCUGUUUGAGGUACUUGCAGAGUUUCAGGGCCACCGUUCAAGGCAGGGGUCUUAAGGUAAACUUGGAAAGUAUGGCCACCUGAGUGGAAUGUAUUCUGAUCUAGGAGCUUGCCUGGGCAUUUUGAUAUUGUUCUUUUUGAUUUCAUAUGUUGUUAUACUUGAGCAUUCUUUCAAUUUUCCAUGUAUACUUUGUUAAAUUGUGGAAAAUCAUUCAGCUCACUCUGAACAAUAGAUUCUUGAUUUGUUAAGAUUACUAAGAUUUUAUAUUUUUAAUAUCAAAGAUUCAUAUUCAAAGUAUAAUAAAUGUGUUGUUAUAAAUGAUGCCAUAGUGUUGGCAGUGUGGCAUAGCUUGUAAAGCUACCAGCUGCAGUGCCGGCAUCUUUUGGGUUCCUGUUCGAAUCCUAGAUGCUUGAUUUCCAAUUCAGCUCUCUGCUAUGGCCUGGGAAAGCAGUAGAAGAUGGCCCAAGUCUUUGGGCCCCUGCACCUGCUUUAGAGAUCCAGAAGAAGCUCCUGGCUCCUGGAUUUUGAUUGACCCAGCUCCAGCCAUUAGGGCAACUUGAGGAGUGAACCAGAGGAUGGAAGACUUUUCCUUUUCUCUGCCUUUCCUUCUCUCUCUGUGUAACUCUGUCUUUCAAAGAACUAAAUAAACCUUUUAACAAAUGAUAGCAUAACUUUAAAUUUGAUGAUCUAUAAUAAUCAACAACAGAAAUUUGUUUUAGGAUGAUGAGCUGGAAAUAAAUAAUAAAUGAGAUUAUUUUAAUGAAAGUUACUUUGAGACUCAGGUUUAAUGCAAACUGUGGACUAGUUUGGAAAAUGUUAAUACUUGGGUACAUGUUAGAACAUUCUAAGAGGGAAGGGAAAUUGGCCCUUCCUCAAUGCCAAACAUAUUGUGCUGAUUUUGGAUCAGUAUUAUUCCACAUCUCUUUUUCUUUAAUGAUUUUUAGAAGAUUUAUUAGUUUUUUAAGGCAGAGUGCAUUUGUGUGUUAUGUGUGUGUGUGUGUGUGUGUGUGUGUGUGUGUGUAAGAGAGAGAGCAAGAGAAAGAGAGACAGAGAAGAGAGAGGAGAUCUUCCAUCUGUUGUUUCACUCCCCAAAUAUCUGCAGCAGUCAGGGCUGGAAUAAGGAGAAGCCAGGAGCCAGAAGCUUCUCCCAGGCCUCCCCCCACAUACAUUUAGGGCCCCCAAGCAAUUGAGCCAUCUUCUGCUGCUUUCCAAGGUGCAUUAGCCGGAUGCUGUCUUGGAAGUGGAGCAGCCGGCACUCAAACUGGUGUCCAAAGGGAUGCCAGCAUUGCAUGCGGUGGCUUUACACACUGUGCCACAAUGUCUGCACUUACCUUGUGAUUAUCCUCUCUUUGUUACUAUGUUCGAAGAGCUCAUUUAUGAUUAAGGGAGUUAAUAUAUUUCAUGCAUUGCAAAUGAAAUACCAUGUUUUUUGGGUCUACUUUACUACCUGUGUUUUGCUUGUACAGAAUUUAUGCACUGAAAUAUAACUAAGUUCUUUUGCUGUUCUAAAAACUGUGCCGGACUUUUGAAUUGGAUAUUAUUAAAUUCAUAGAUAAGCUGGAAAUGAAAAAUAAAUGAGAUUUGUUUGAUGAAAGUUACCUUGGGUCUCAGGUUAAAUGCAAAUACUGGACUAGAGUGGAAACAGUUUGUACUUCUGUAUAUGUUAGAACAUCUUAAGUGGGAAAUGAAAUUUUCCCUUACUCAAAGCAAGGUGGAUUGUGCUGACUUUGGAUUAGUAUUAUGUUAUGUCUAUUUUUCUUUAAUGAUUUUUAAGAUUUAUUCAUUUUUUGAA